GCUCCAUUGCGAUUAAAAAGUCUUGUCAAAACAUAUCCAAAAAUACUUUCAUCCAGUAUAGUAACUUGAUUAGGGGCGUCUUCAUAAAAAUAAAACCUCAGUGAUUCAUUCUAAAGUUUGUAAUGCUAGCAUAACAAAAAGAAAGGAGUAGAAAAUAUAGGAACUUUCGAAAUUUUACUGACCAAUUCCUUGUCAACCGAUAUAUUACAUACGGUGACACGGUGUUCUCAUUGAGAGUUUGUUGCUCUAUAUAAGUGAAAAGCUACAGUGGUUUGGGAUUACUUUAAAAUUAAUUAAUAACUUUCUAAGCAACAUUACGAUUCAUUGUUCCAAAGCCGAAAGAGAAUAGCACGGUGAUUAUAAGUUUUUGUCAAUUGAUAAUUUUAGUACAUUUUCGAGAUCAACUGUUUUGCAUGUUUGCUUUUUUUUAUUUUAUAAAUCUACUAUCCAUUAAAAUAAGUGGAAAGUGCUUGGAUUAGUCACGCCUUUCGUUUACUUACUGCCUUCCAUUACUUCAGCUGUACAUUACUCAACAGACCAACUUAACUCCGUGCAUCGCACCGACAAAACCGUUCUUGGAGAGCUUCAUUAAAUUCACAAUGUCGUCCGAAGCCCGUAUGUUUAGCAUUUCUGAUACGAUCAUCAAGGAAAUUGAUCGAUUUCGUCUGAGACUGAAGAAAUCUCUUUUGUUUGCCUACAUUUUCAAAAUAGAUAAAAGCACCAAAGAAGUUGUCCCCGAUGGAGAAAUUAUGCAAAUAGAAAGUGUCGAAGAAAUUGCAGACGAAUUGUCUGAAACUCAACCCCGUUACAUACUUGUCUCUUACCCUACGAAAACGACUGAUGGCCGUUUGAAUACGCCGCUUUUUAUGAUAUACUGGAGACCGACUAGUUCACCUCAUGAUUUAUCUAUGAUUUAUGCGUCAGCCAAGGUCUGGUUUCAAGAUAAAUCUCAAGUACAUAAAGUUAUGGAAGUACGAGAAAUUGAAGAUAUUACAACGGAUGCCGUGGAAGAAUUCCUUCAUUAGCCUUAUUGUUCUUUCAUUCACUUGAAAGAUCGAAUGGUCUUGUCUGGCUUUGGCGCAAAAUGUCAAAGAAUUGAUUCCAAUAAUUGUCCAACUUCCUUUCUCUUGUACGUUCCUUACAACACACCUCAACUUAGUCUUGAUAAUAAUGAAGAUAAUGAAUAAAAGGUUUCCCUUCAUUUACGAGUCUAACUAACACACGUAUUUGACAAAGGGCAGUUUUAUUGAACUGUCAUU